AUGGACACCGAUGACAACUCUACCAGCAUCAGUAGCUUGAAGGUGUCGUUCCUGGCUCAAAGCGGUGCCUUCUACACGAUCACUGCGCUGGCAAAGGUCGCCGUCCUCUACGGUAUCUACUGCUACUACCGGCGCUAUAAGGACAACGGUGACAGCCUCGACGAAUCCGAGGCCAUCAUCGCCGACGCCAAGUCGGAGCAGCAGCCGUCAUCGGCCUCCGUUCAGUCCUCGGACGGUGGCUCGGGAGGGGAGAUCCCGACCAGCGCAGCACGGGCGACUAUGACCAGCAACACUUCCGGAAGCACGCGCACCGAGGCACCCCGUUCUUCGCAUUGAAUGCACGCAAUA